AUGGUGGAAGAAAAAGAAGAUGAAAAAACAAUCGUGGAUGAAAGAUUUCAAUUAAAUGAUAAACUAUGGCAAGAAGUAAAAAGAGAAGAAUCUAAAAGAGGAAUAAUUUACUUAUCAUAUGUGCCUAUAGGAUUAAAUGUUUCUAGGAUAAGAGAAAUAUUUUGUAAAUAUGGUGAAAUCGAUAAAAUACAUUUAAAUAAAAUAAAUGAAGAAGAUAUGAAUAUUCUAUCUAAUGAAAAAGGUGAUGAAAAGAAAAAAAAGAAAAAAAGAAAUAAUAAAUAUCAAGAUGGAUAUAUAGAAUUUAUGAAUAAAAAAGAUGCUAUAAAAGUAGAAAGUUUAUUAAAUAAUCAUCCUAUAGGAGGAAAAAAAAGAAAAAAUAUAUUAAGAGAACAUUUUUGGCAUAUAAAAUAUAUAAAAAAUAUGACAUGGAAUGAUCUUAUAUCUUCUGUUCUAUUAAGGAAUAUAUCUAGAAAAGACAAAUUACAAUAUUCUUUAAAAAAUAUGUAUAAAAGUUAUGAACAGUUUCUUGACAAAAAUAUGAACAACGAUCAUAAAAAGAAUAUGAAAAGGAAAUAUUCAUCUGAAUCAAAAGGUAACAAAAAAUUGAACUUUCUUACAAUAAAAAAAAGUAAAGAAGGAAAUGAAGAAAAAAAUAAUAUGAACCUUGAAACUGUGAAGAAUAUAAUUCAUGAGGAAAGUAAUGAAAAGAUUCAGAUUAAAGAUAAGAGGAAAACAGUUUCUUCCAAUUUGUUAAGAUCUUUUAUGUGA